CACAGGCUCCCGCGCCCGAGCGCCCGCCGCCGGUGCGCCCACUCACGCCCGAAGAGGAGGAGGCUCUGACGAAGGUGGCUGAGAAGAAGGUUCGAACAACAAUUGAAUAUCUCACAGAUGUAGCCAUGUUCUCCGUGGCCUGCUGGCUGUACGUGUUUGAGGACGAGUUGUACGCAGUACCAGUUCUGCUUCUGAUGGUGUAUCGUCAACUACGCGAUGCAGUGCGCAAUCGAAUUCCGAAGUUCCUGCGUCGCUCGACAUGAGACUUAUUGGUGUCGAUCCUUUUCCAAUAAUCCUCUAAUCAUUACACUGCUCAGACGUGUAGGCAAGGAAAGUUAAGCCUCAAUGAUCCAUAUGACACUUUUCGCACAAAAAUCAACAGUUGUUUAAGAUGCGUAUCAUUACUUUAAAUUAUUGGUAAUAAAAACUGGUUUCGAGUUUAAUAAGAAUUUUUCCUUGUCUACACAAAGAGAUUUUGAUAUGAAGAGUGAAUGUUACUUUGUAAAUAUACUGCUUGCCGACAUGUUACAAUUUUUAUUUAAUUCACUGCUAGUGUAUCUCACCGCAAGUAAACGAAGUAAUGAAUAUGACAAUACUGUGUCUUGAUCCAUGUGUUGGCGAUUUAUAAUCGAGAAUUUUCUGUGAACUAAAAUGAAAUAAUGGCGUUAUGUGUUAUAAAUGCGUACAGCAAUGGAAAGUACCCUCAGAAAAGAAAUGUUUUUCAAACAUUCCAAUCCAUUUACUAUACUUUAUUGACUAUUCAUUUUUGCAACAAAAGACAGCUAUCCCGUGUGUCUAAAUUAAUUUAAAAUCUCUGUACAUGAAACGGAGUAAUAGUUCAACAAUUUUCAACACAAUUUUUUAAAUUUUUAAGUGUAUUGCAUCUGGUCUGAAACACAACAAUGUGCCAAUGAGAAACUAAAUUUCUGCUGCAUCAGAAGUAUAGUAUAACUGUGUUUACUUUAGUCAAAACAUUGGUGAGAAUUUAUGGUUGAUCUAUCUAGCACACAUGCGUAGGCAGUAAUAUUUUUAAUAAAUAGCAAUUAGAAGAAAAUGUUGAGAUAGAAAUAUGUUUAAUGCAGUAGGAAACAAAAAUUUAGAUGGCAAAGAAGACACAGUGCCAGCACUCAAACUUAUAAUUAGAAUAAGAGUACUGUUGUAAAAUCUUACCAUCUAGCCUAAUCCUUACAAGACUGCCAAUUGUCUCUGUCGCUACUUCGCUAUUAUGAGUGAGUGAAUAUUUGUAAAGAACUGACCACAUCUAGGUCUCCUCUCUCGUUCCUUGGUUGUGUAGAUUUCCUUGACCUGUGCAAUAGGCAUGCCUUUCCUAUAUUAAGGUUCAUUCCUUUUUUAUGCAUUUUGUUUUCCUGAAGAUACAUGAGAAGUGAUGUGCCACGUUCCCUCAGAAUUUUACAAUAAAAAUACUGGUGGGAUCUAGUUUCGAAAUAUCGAACCGCCCUCCACUUUACCGAAUCAAGAUCCUCGCGUUUCUCCAAGUUUGGCCUUCAUUCUCCACAUUUUGAAGUGACUUGAAUUCGGUUUACAUUUUGUGAAGUGUUUAUUUCAAGUGUACCAUUGAUAUUGAAUAGAAACAAAUAUUCAGUAGAUUGAUCAGACUUGGAGGAACCCCGGGUUUUCAUGAAGUGUAAUGUUGCAAGAGGCUGCACGAACCCGUCGACUACGAAGCAAUCGCUGGCUGCCUGUGCGGCGCCCGUCUUCCCAUCUCUGAUGAAAGACGAGCAUGGUUGUUUGUGUGCUGUACUCACAAGUUGAUCUAUUAAACUGUGCUACUUUGUUGUUAUUUUUCUUUAUUGCCUGUGUGUAACCUUUAUACACCUACCUUACGUAAAGA